UACAGUGCACACACUGGACUCAGAAGGAGGUUUGUUUACUACCGCAAGAGAAGAAAAGAUGAAAUUAAUCGAUGACUGCACCCCUUGUCUUCUCCACCUGCUGCUAUUGGCUGAGCUGUUUGUCCCUUCAUCAUCUUAUCCCGCCUCUCGCUCUCCUCUGUGUGGCAUGUUGAGAUCCAUGAUCCAUCAGGUGGAAAGGUUGACGAAAUUAUCCGGAAAAUUCCAUAACUUGACAGGUAAAGAACUUGAACACCUAGAGGUUGCGGGAAACAGACUGGCCGGUCUUCCUGACAUGGAACACACUGCGGCUCAUAUCGACUCACUGAAGGUGAAUGAGUCGCUCUCCCAGUUGUUCAUGUACACUCAGUCCUUCAGGCUGCAUGUUGAUUGGUUGAAAACAGCCAAAGAAAACGUCAGUCUGUCCUCCCAGCCAGCAAAGGAGGCCAACACUCACCUCCUUCAUCUGUCCACCUUCCUGAAUGCAUCACUUCACCAGAUCGGCGAAGAGGUGCCUCCUUCGGAGUCUCCCUCCCUCCCUGAGGUCUCCACGCCCUUCGAUGUGCUUCAGUUCUCUGUUGAGAUCUCUAAACGGCUACGAAUGUUUUGCUUCUGGUCAAAAAGGGUUUUGUUGACUAUCCAGAGACUAUCCCAAUGCCCUUGACAUUAAGCUUCAGCACAUAAGCAACUGCAAAUAUCUUCCCACAAAAACGCUGUUAACUAUUGGGAGUUUUACCAAGUGAAGAAUUUUAGACAUGGAAAUGCCAAGUCAGUUGGUCCAGAAUGAAAAAUCUCAACAUCUAUUGAAUGUAUUGAUCUGGCGUUUACAACAGAUGCAUGGUGGAUGCAUUUAAAUGACUUGUGAUCCCCUGACCUUUCCUGUAGCACCACCGAUAGGUCAAAUUCCACUUAUCCAGUGAAACAUUUCCAUGUCCACUGGAUGGUUUGGCAAAAAUGUGAUACAAACAUUCAUGGUCCACAGAUGAUAAAUCCUAUUGACUUUGAUGAUCUAUUGAAUUUUGACUUAGACUUUUCCAUAAACCUAAAAUCCCACCAUUAAGUUUACACAUACGGUCUUAAAAGAAAUGUCUGUCCAUGCCAUGAAAUUUAGUUCACUUUAAUUCACUUACCCCUCAACAUGAUUUGUUUCCCUUUAAUGAUCUUUGACUUCUUACUCCACCACUUGGUCAACAUUGUACCUAGUCCAAUAUCUUGGUUUAUGACUAAUAACCGGAAAAGCUAGUGACAUUCCCAACAGUAUUACCUUUGUGUUUUGUGCAAAACGUUAGCAUGCUAACAUGCUAAAAUAAGACGAGGAACCUGCUUAGCAUUGGCAUGUUAGCAUUAUCAUUACAAGCUAGCUUAAGAUAGAAUCAAGCAAUGAGUAUAAUAAGAAUUUCCAGGAGUCAUAUAAUCGCAGAGUUAAAACAGUUUUGAUGCUAAUGCAGCUACAUUUUAGAACGUUGAGUUCUACAGUUCAGCUGUAAAACAGAAUGUACGUUUUUGGCAUGUUUUUAAGAAAGUGUGAGUAUGCUUCGUUUGACAUGUUGCCGGUUAAAAUGUGCCCUACUAAUGCACUCUGCAGAGGCACACCUGUUACCCUUUGGGACUGUUUACAUUCACAGUGCCUGCUAAAUGUUGAUGGAGAAAUAUUGUGAAACAAUUAAUAUUUUUAUACUAUUGUUUUUUUAUCUAUUUAGUAUUCUAUUUAUGAGCUUUUUAUAUUAUAUGACAUAGUAAGAUGCAGGCAUCUCACUUUUUUGUAUGGGUUAUCUAUGUAUUAUUUAAUAAUAUUAUUAAUAAAGUAU